AUGACUACUCGCGACUUCAAUGAAGCUCAGUGCCAAGCCACGAAGGAUGCGGGCACCAUCGUCGGUCUCCAGGUCGUCCGUAUCAUCAACGAGCCCACGGCCGCUGCCAUCGCGUAUGGUCUCGACAAGAAGGGCGGCGAAUCUCAAAUUAUCGUCUACGAUCUCGGUGGUGGUACCUUCGAUGUUUCGCUGCUCUCAAUCGACGACGGCGUCUUCGAGGUCUUGGCCACUGCUGGUGACACCCACCUCGGUGGUGAGGACUUUGACAACCGCGUGAUGGACUAUCUCAUCAAGCAGUACAAGAAGAAGACGGGGACCGAGUCGACCCGCGUCGAGAUCGAAAGCUUCGAGAAUGGCAAUGACUUCUCGGAGACGCUUACUCGCGCCAAGUUCGAGGAGCUCAACAUGGAUCUGUUCAGGAAGACGAUGAAGCCGGUUGAGCAGGUGCUCAAGGACGCGCACCUGAAGAAGGAGGAUGUCGAUGAGGUGGGUAUUCGAGAGCCCAUCUAG